CACCCACCACCCAGUGGCCAGCUACGCCCGGCUGUCUGUCCGUUUCUCUAUCUGUCUGUGUCGGUGAUGUCUGUCGGUGAGUGCGUCAGUCAGUCAGUCAGUGAUGAGGAAGUCAGUCAGUAGGUGGUGCCUUCGGGCGGCUGGGGGAGUCGCCUGUUCUGGGGCGAGACCAUCUCCCGCCGCAGGUUCUCGAGGAUGGUCUCCAUCGUGUAGUUGCGGUUCCAGUUCUGCAGAGUCGACAAACCGUUCACCUACACACACACGCACACACACAGGGAGAGAGAGGGAGGGGAGAUGCGCGAUAGGCGUGGUGAGGGGUCCCUGUCAGUCAAGUCAAGGCCACGUGUGUGCGGUGCGGUAUGUGGAUACCGCGCCAUGUCUGUCGACGGGUGAGAUGUUGAUUUGCGUGUUGAAUCGCACGGUGGGGGGCCGGUCGGGGUACUGCUCGCCGCAUAUGAUCGUCAGGUUGUAGAUCCGAUUCUCAUACGCCGUCUAAACACAGUCACACAACACAACACAACACAACACAAUACCACCCAACAUGAGAGCACUGCACUGGCUGCAUCGGCAUCUCAUCGCCUGUCGCUGGCUGGUGUGAAGCAAGGUGAGUGCGUACGCCGGGCGGUCCGAAGAUGGUGCAAGUCCAUGUGGUGAGAGUGAUGUCGUCGGCCCGCUCGAGGCCCCAGGUGCACCCCUCGGCGCCCUCGCCCUUCUGACCCUUCUCCAACUCGGCCAGCAGACGGAAACUACGGGGCACAACCACCUGACGCAAGCAAUCAAACAUACCAAACACACCAAACAUACCAAACACACCAGACAGACAAGUGUGCUGCGCCGCGCCGCGCCGCGCCGCGCCGCAUUGGUGGACCUGAUCUGUGUUGUGUCUGCCUGUGCCUGCGUAGCGUACCGCCAU